UAUUGACUUAACAUUUGGCAGGGCAACCGAGAGGCACAUUAGAGAUUCAGUCUACAAGCUGCUCUGCUUUGUUCCUUGUUACAUACUAUAUAUAUCAGUUCAAAAUUUAGUUGAUAAAAAGAAAAAUAAUUAUUCUAGCAUCAUGAUAAAGUACACGACGGUGCAGCUGCGCAAUGACUCGUACGAGCCGGAUCUGCGCUCGGAGGGCACCUAUAUCUGCCAGUUUCCAAAACCCCCACCGCCGCCGCCCUUUGGCGACACGGGCACCUGGCAUGGACAUCUGGAGCCCCAUGAGCGUCUGUUCUACCACCAGACAAUGAACUCGGUGCGCUACAGCAAGCGUUAUCGUGGUAACCCGAACAUACCCAAGGAUUCGCUGGACUUUCAGCUGCAAUCACGCUACGAUCAUAGCCGGGAGUGCUUCCCGGAGAAGGUGGACUCGGUGCUGCAGCGCGAGACGUGCACUGCGAUCUGUAGUUGGUCAGCGCCUGGCGGGGCAAAGGAGGUCGGUGCCAAGUAUCAGACAUUUAGGGUUUUGCGCAAUACGCGCUUUAUUCGCCGGAAACAAGACGACGCAUUGGGUCAUCCGCUUCGCAUUGGCGGCUGCAAGGAGAAGAUUCAUCCGCAUAGCGUCAAGCUCAUCUGCAGCGGCGUUCACAAUCAAUUGGUCAACAAUGGCUUCUCACGCCAGACCUCCGAUGGCAACUUCUUCCGUUAUUAGCUCCUCCUCCUUCAAUCAAAAGGGGGAGGCGAGAAUUGUGUUGUAUAACUUUAUUGAAAAUUAAAUUUUGACAAGGAAGCAGCCCCAUAAAGCAACGUCACGCAGUCGCUUCGUCCAGCUUGGGCUGCUUGGGGAGAUGUGCCUCUGCCACCUCCUCUUCUGCUUCCACCUGUUCCCCCUCUUGUGGCCCCACUACCUCCUGUGACGUUUUAUGGCGCUGCUUCUUGUUCUGGUUGCGAUA